CUUUCUCUCGCUCUGUCUCACUCGGGCAGUAGAUUUUGCUCACCCAUCAGUGCAACCAGAAGAAUAAUAAAGUUUCCGAAUUUUCUAAUCUAAUCACCAUUCGUAUCCCCGUGUUCCGUGUGUGAAGCGACGGCCGCUGCUCAUUUGUGUGUCUUCGUACCCGUACCCGUGACACAAUCAAACACCAACAGUGCUCUAGUAUGCUCGUGCACCGUGCGAGGAAAAAACACUUUGUCAAGGGAACCUAAUAUACAAGGCCUGCGUUUUUUCGUCCAAGAAGGAGAGAGGUUCUGGUGGUCUUUUGUGUCCUCUCCCCCCACCUCUUUGUGUCACCCACUCUUAUGUGUUUUUGUGUUACGCGAAAAUCGUGUGGUGAGCGCGUGCUGGUACGGCCGCUUUGUAAGUGCAUUUAAUGUGUGCGGGCUGAAUCAUCGUUUCGAUAACCAUUCCAAAGCCGCCAACACUGGCCACCGCUAAAGCCGGGCAGCAAACGUGAGCACGGUGAAGCAAAAGUGUUUUUCCUUCACCAACUCACCCCGCCUCCCACCGUCUUCGGCGCACAUCUUACACGCACCACCAGCGGGGUUCUUAUUCAAUCGAAAGCUGUUACCCGCAAGAAUCGUUGCGUCUCCCUGUCUCCGCCACCUGUGAUUUGCAAGCGAGCGUGCGUGCGUGCGAGCCAACGGGAGUGAGUGAGACAGAGACAGGCAGCAGUGAAACCCCCCGUAAGAGAAAAAGAGAAGCAUCACGAGCCUUUAAAGCAAAAAAGAAGGAAAGGGAAAUUUGUUCUCUUGUGUUUUUUUUAAUCACAGCACCACGAAGAAUACGUCCAUUACCGAGAAAAAAAAAUUGUACCGCAAAACAAAAGGGUCAAACCACACACACACGCCUUUUGCUGCUGGACAUUUUAGCCUUAAAAAGUGUAACGCAACGGAAAACAGCGAACAAAACACACAAAAACACGCAGGCAGAAAACAACAACACCGCAUCAAAAUGAUUCCCAAUAAAACGAACUGAUAUACGGCUGCUUGCAGCUCGUGCGGAAGAGGGAGUGUGUGAGAAGGGUGAGGUGUAGUCGAGCAGGAGAAGAGUGCUAAAGAGGAGGAGGAGAGCGAAAGAGAGAGAGAGAGAGCAAGCGGGCGGUGUGUGUUUUUGGUGUGUUUUGUUUUGAUCGUUCGACGGGGUGCGUGUGUGUGUCUGUGGAGCGGUUUUUUCCCCUUCUUCGUUUUGUUCGGUGUGUUUGGUGUGACUGCUGUCCCCCCGAAAAUACCGGUGUCUCUUCUACUGCUGCUGCUGCUGUUGUGCGGUCAAAUUCCAGUUUUGUGGCGUACGCUGCAUCAUCAUCGACUUCCCUUCCCCCCGCCAUUUGAACCUGUAUUUUCUUGACGCGGCCGGAGGAGAGUCGCUGCCUAUUUGGGUGACCGUGAAAAAGGGCUGAUCCAAGCGUGCCGGCCCAUCAGAAACGCACACACAUACUUCCGCGAAUUUGCUGCGUAUUUGAAAGCGAGUGAGCGAGAGCGAGCGAUUCUGUGUGCGUUUCCAGACAGAGGCAAGGAGCGAAAGAGCGCGAGAGAGAAAUACACGGGAAAACGUGUGCAUCCGGCAUCCGAUACAUGGCUAGUUCUAUGAACAGCAGGAACCGCAUUCGUCGUCGACUGGCUGCGAUAUCCUUUCUGUCCAACAUCUCGCUGGACGGUACCCACCGGGACACGAAACUCGGCCCGCUGCACGGAGGCGGACUGGGAGGAGGAGGCGGAGGAGGAGGUGCUGGCACUUCACUGGCAGGAGGCAGAGCGGUACCAACGGCGGUCGGCGGUUGCCAUACCAGUGCGGCACUAGCGCUGAACAACAAUGAUCUGGACGGGGGCGGCGGCGUCGGCGGCGUCAACGAGGAGCCGGGCGACGACGGGCUCGAUGGGCCCGGGAUGGGCCCGGGUACUGUGGCCGGCGUGAGCGGACCGGCGCAGCGGGCACGGGCCAGAACCGGAACGUUUAGCAAAAGCCCCGAACGGUACGCCGGCAAGCGGAUCGACAGCGAGGGCAACAUGGUGGUGAGCAACGGGUCCUCCGCCAAGGGGACGCCGCUCAAGGAUCGUGAAAAUUGGAAUCCAAACGAUGGCCGGCUGAAUCACACCGCGGACAAGCGAUCGCGGGCCAACUCCGCUACGCAGCGGCCGACGGGCGCCAAGCGAUCGCUGCUGAUGAACACGAGUGCGGGCGCAAUCGUGACCGGCGGAAACGGCACAACCGGUUGUGGUGGUGGAUCGGACGAUCCCAACCACCGUCCCGUCGGCUGGCACACGAACAGCAGCACGGAAAGCUUGAUCCAGGGCCGGCCGACCAAAACCGUCGUCAUUAACGACCAGCAGCAGCUGCCGCACGGUGGUGGUGCUGGCGCCGGUGGCGUUGGUGCGUAUCAGCGCGAGGUGCGCUACUACAACCAAAUGGAUCUGCGGCGCCACCCGGGCGGCUUUCAGGAGGACCGGAUCGUACUGCUGGCAAAGAAGGCACCGUGCCACAUCUUCUCGGUCCUGCCGUACUGCAAGGGCAAAGCGUCCCGCUCGGAGCUGCGCCGUGAGCGCCGGCGCCAUCCUUCCGGGGCGCGCCCACUAUCCUCCAUCAACGAUGCACCGUUCGAUGCGUUCCGGCUGCUCGGGAUCGAGCGGGGCGGCGAGGUCGGGCAGGAGGUAUCGUACGGGUAUCUGCUGAUCCCGUCGCGGGCCUACCACCGGGAGAAGAAGCACGCCAGCGCGGAAAAGUCGAACAAAAGUGCGUUCGAGAUCACGAACUUUGCGUCGCUGGAGAAUCAUGCCGCGGCGCGGUACUAUGACACGCUGAACCGGAACAGCGCGGCCAGCCCUUCGCAGGGCGGUGGUGGUGUUGCUGUCGCCUCGACCGGUACUGGGGCGGGCAGUGGUCCGUCCUCCGGGCUGCUGGACAUCUCGAAGGAGUACGAGGAUGGCUUCGCAUCCAUUACGGGGAUCCAGUACUCGGCCAACAUACUGGACGAUCCGGAGCUGAUCGCGGGCAAGCAUCGGACGCUGCUGACGUUCACCUCGUACGUCACGUCCGUCAUCGAUUACGUGCGCCCGUCCGAGCUGAAGAAGGAGCUGAACGAUCAGUUCCGCGAGCGGUUCCCACAGAUACAGCUGACGCUCAGCAAACUCCGCAGCAUUAAACGCGAGAUGAAGCGCAUCAACAAGCUGGACAACCGUAUCGACUUCCUGACCAUCUCGCAGGCGUACGUGUACUUCGAGAAGCUGAUCCUAUCGAAGCUGGUGAACAAGGAAAAUCGGAAACUGUGCGCCGGCGCCUGUCUGCUGCUGAGCGCGAAGCUGAACGACAUCAAGGGAGAGGCGCUGAAGAGUUUGAUUGAGAAAACGGAGAGCGUGUUUCGUCUGAACCGCAAGGAGCUGAUCGCGUCGGAGUUUGCCGUGCUCGUCGCGCUCGAGUUCAGCCUGCACGUGUCGACGCAGGAGAUCCAUCCGCACUACCAGCGCCUGAUCUACGAGUCCUAGGGGCCACGGGGGGCGAGGGCGGGGGGAGUGCGAGCGCCCCGCAACAACCCGGACCAGCCGCCGAACCAUGUAACGCUGUGUCAUAUGCUGCAGGAGGCAUUUAUUGGGUGAUUUUCUGUUUUUCCUUUUUCUUUCGUUUUGUUAAAGGGUUUUAAUUUUGUUUUAGUUAUUUUAAAGAGGUGUAUGUGUGUGUGGUGUCAUCGUUUAAGGAGAGCGAGAAAAGAGCAAGAGAAGAGGAAAGGUGUUACAAAUUUUACGUUUUUAUUAAACACACCAAAAGGCUGUUUAUUACACAAGGGAGCGCGUUUCAAUGGUGAAAUAGUAGUAUAGGAACGUUUUCGAAAUUACAAAAAGAAAAACACACACACAUACAUAAUACAAAACGUAUUAAAUGCAGUUUCUAGCGCGUUAGAGUACGAUACAUUUAGUGGUGUGAAUUAAAAACUCCUCCAAACAGCAGCAAGCAAAUGUACUUUAAAAGUAAUAAUUUCACUGCAGAUUAUGAUAAGAGUCAUUAACACAGAAACAAAAAAAAAACAAACUUAACAGGUCUCUCCCUCGCUUCUCGCUCUCGUUCGUUCCUUUCUCCUCCUAGAAGUAGCGUAACUACUCGUAGCUUAACCAGAGGGAAUUACUGUACUUACGGCUAAGUGAUCUUUCCACCGAUGUACUUUAAUCUCGAUUUUUCAAUUUUAACGAUUUUUAUCCAUUAUUUGCUCUUCCAUCUUCACUUUUUUGGGAGAAAAAAAAAAAUACACUUUUUUGUUUGUUUCCACCCCUCGAAAUGUCCUAUAAAAGGCAUACACACUCUCUCUCUCUCCCUCUUACUCUCCUCUUUAUACCAUAUUAGGCGGGGCAAUUAUUAGCCUUCUUAAAGAUGCUACCGGUACUGUGUAAAAAGCACCAUUAUCAAAAAAACAACACAAAAACAAGGUGAUGGAAAUCGGUUUAUAAAACCUGGCUAUAACUAUUAUUACUAAAAAAAGAAACAAUUGAUGUAUGUAUGGAUACGAUCUACACGCUCAAGUACUUCAGAAGGAAUUACGUUACUUUUGUGUUAGUUUUUUUUGCGUCUCGCAGUGUCUAUUUUAUUUUAUUGCUUCGUUACACACAUAUUAUAAUCACUUAUUUUAUAAGUAAUUUCGUUACGUUGAGUUUGAGUUUAAACAAAAAAAAACAAAACAAGGAACCGACGGUUGGGAAGGGAGACACGCGUAGAAAAUAGGACAUCAAAGUAGGCGCGCAGGAGCGUGUUUUUGUGCUGUUCAUUUUUUCUAUCUUCUUGUUGUCGUCAGCUCUGAUAGUGAAUAGUGUGAUUGGGUAUAAAAAAACUUGCAAACCAAAAAAAAAGAACAUUUCUGCACCACCAUCCUUUUCCUAUAUAUAUUACAUUAAUAAACGUGGUCUUGAACUUUAAA